GAAAAAUUCAUUUACAAUAAUACUAUGUAUUAAAAUUUUAAAUAAAUAAACAUUAUGUGCCUCUCAUAUCCAUAUAUGGUUCUUGUAUCACUUCCUACAAAGUAUAAAGCGUUUUAUGUGGCAACAAUCUUGCUGUUUUAUUAGAAACGGAUAUAUAUGUCAUAUGUUGUUGUAAAGUAAUUUAUUUAACACCUUGAAAAUACUUAGCAAAUCUAUUUUUUAUCUUUUUUUAAUGUUAUAUUUGAAAAUAGUACCGCUAACACCAUCUAGCAGCAAACAAUAAAGUAUUAUUCGUUCAACAAGAGAGCAAUGGUUGCGCACAUGCAGAUUGAUGCAGCUAUAUGUAUGAACAGUAAUACCAGUGAUAAAAUAAAAUACAUAACCUGAUCUGUCAAAUUACAAGAUAUAAUUGACUAAUACAAAGAUUUUUUGUAUAUUAAAUUUUCAUUUGAUAAUUUUGUUUUCAAUGUAGUUCAUUGAGUAGGUAAUUAGUUAGUCCUUAAUUAUGUUUGAAUUACCACUAGAACUAACAACUAAGCCAUUAGCUUUUAUUGGCUUAACUGGCUUAGAUAUUGCAAAUCCUGUACAUCGUUCUAUUUGGGAUACAUUUAGUAAUAAUAGAAGAUUAGAAAGUUCUGCCAUACAGUUUAAAUUGCUUAGUCCUACACAUGAAUUUCCUACAGUAAAACCCAAGCGUAAUUCGUAUGAAUGGUACAUACCUAAAGGAAUAUUGAAACGUAAUUGGAUGAAUAAAUAUCUUAAUGAAGUUCCAGCAGUUGUUGUUGUGUUUUAUGAUUUGGAUUGGAAUGACCCACAGUGGAAUGAAAAGAAAAUGGAAUGUGCUUCUAAGGUCCAAUCAUUUAGAAAUGCUUUGGAUGGGAGAAGUACAAAAAUAGCUGUGGUACUCAUACAACAUUGUAUGCAACCUCUGCCAGGUUCUGAAGAUACUAUUGCACCUGAACGUGCUACAGCAGUUUGUGGAGCAUGUGAACUCUCUCCAAAAUUAUUAUAUGUUUUACCACAUGGAGAUCAUUUGUUAGGAUACAUAUCUAGACUGGAAAGUGCAUUGUAUGAUCUGGCACAGAGUUUUUAUCAUCAUGAAUACCGUAUUGUUAAAGGACAUAAAGAUCAGCUUAAUAAAACAACACAUAAAAGUGCACACAAACAUUUGUCUGUACGCCAUCAAUUUAAAAUGGCAUUUUUUAAUGAACUGAAACAGGAUCAAAAUUUAGCUUUAAAACACUAUAAGCAAGCAUUUAAUAAUUUGUUGGAAAUACAAAUAACAGAUACAAAUGCAAUGGAAAUUAAAGUUGUUGCUUCUUUCAUAAAUUAUAAGAUAUGUAAAAUAAUGUUCAGUUUAAAUGCUCCUAAAGAGGCUGUAUCACAUUUUAGACAUCAUACUGACAGCUUCAAGUUGUGGACAGGUCCAAAGAAACUUAUGUUUGAACAUCAUGCUUGGAUGUGCAAUCAAUUUUCCACAUUUGCAGAAUUAUUUGAUGAUGCUAUACGACAAGGACUUCCUGCUGUUCAAACACAACAUCCUGGAUAUUAUUUCCAGUCGGCAGCUCAUCAUGCAAGCUUAAGACAAGCAAGUUGUAAAGAACUUUGUCAGAAUGUUAAUAGUUAUCCCGAACCGGAUCCAUUAGCCGGAGAGGAGAAACUUGAAUUUUAUGGACAAAGACCAUGGCGUCCCGGAAAAUUAAAUGCUGAACUUCCAGAUCUCGCGAAAGAAGCAAUUGCUAUACAAGCUUUGCAAUACAAGGAGAAACAUACGGUCGAUCACUCCCAAAUCAUUAUUGGCUUGCUAGGAAAUGCAAUUUCACAGUUCAAACUAUACAGAUGCCCAAGAAUGAGGAGAGUAUUAGUUGUACAGAUGGCUGAAGAAUAUUAUAAUUGUAAGGAUUAUGGAAAAGUUUUGACAUUAUUGAUGCACAUGUUGUGGGAAUAUCACGGUGAACGGUGGCCCCUCUUAAUCACAAAUAUCUUAAAGAAUGCCCUGCGAGCAGCGUAUCUAUCGACAAGCAUUCAGGACUACAUCACAUUAGCAUUUGAAGCUUUGGGACCUACUGCUGCAUUUUCAGAAGAUUACAAAAUUGCGGUUUAUAAUAACAUUAUUAAUAUCCUUCGCAAAAAACCUCCAAAUCCGGAACCUGAUUUACCCGAUGAUAUGAGACAUACUGCAUUAGAAAAAUGGGUAAUGGAACUUAAUCGGCCAGAACCACUUGUUUUUACAAUCGAUGACAAUAACAUGAGUUCAUUUAUAGAAGUCAAAGCAAGGUUUUUACAACCAAAAUACGCCGUUAAUUCCACAAUUGAUACAGAAGUUAUUAUCAGAAAUUCCUACAGCGGUAGCGUUGAAUUUUCUAAAAUAACAAUAACAAUUAGUAGUCCAGGGUAUAAUUCCGAGUUCGCUGUUACCGAUGCUGAGCAGAGCAAUCUCGUUUUUCAUGGGAAAGAAAUGAAGAAAUUUUUACACCAUUUUCAAACGCCUCAACAAAACGAUAGUAGUGAAAUACGCAUCACCACGAUCUCAUUACACAUGGGUAAUGAUGCGUGCUGCAUUAUUUUGAGAUUUGCUACGAUGGGAAGGGAAACGAAUUGUUUGAGUCUAUUGUGUCCUGAAAUACAACAACUUCGUAGAGGAGAAUUUGAAACGAUACAACCACUAGUCAGUGCGGAGAUAAAACAGGAAGAAUCUAGUCUCAGUAUAAGUGCAGAAUCUAACAACCCAGCACUCGUAGGGGAAUGGCUUCCCAUUAAAAUAACUAUUACUGCUAAUGAAAGCAUAUUAUCAGCACUCUUAACCGUAUCACUUGUGUCUGAUGGAACAAAUGAACAGUCAACGGAAUUAAGUUUAACAAUGCAGAACAAGCAAUCUGUAAUAUCUGUACCGAUCGAUAAUUUAGGGAGCAAUUCCAAUACUCAUCAGAUCGUCUACUUCCGUGCUCAUAAAGUUAGCGAUCGAAACAUUCACGUGAAGGUGAAAUAUUCAAGAUCUGAAAAUAUAAAAGGAUCUAAAGAAUUAACUUAUUCAUUGUCAGUCACAAAACCAUUUGAAGUAUCAACAUUAUUUUAUACCAUGCUUUUUGAACCAUUAGCAAAGGGUUUCAUCGAUGAACCGUUUAUAAUAAUGCCUCACAUUUCUUGUGUUUCUCCAUGGCCUAUAGACAUUAUAAGUACAUCUGUAGAAUUGGGAGAUUCUAUAGAAAAGGGAAAUGCAGAUCAAUCAGUAUCUAUUUUAGCUGGUAUUACUCUGUCUAAAGAUGAAACCGCCACAGAUUCGUAUUGUUUGGUACCAAAAGUAGGUGGCGAGCAACCUGCAAGUACUGGAGUGUACACUAUUAAAUGGAAACGUGCAAAUGAUGAAAACGCGUUAGAAACAAGUAGCAGCGUUACUUUAGCUCCUUUGUGGGUCGAAGAUGCGGUGAUUGGCCUGGAAGCUAAGUUACCAGCUCAUGGUUGGGUUCGCACGCCAUUACUUGUUUCGUACUUCAUAAAAAAUCAUUCUGAUUGUAUGAUUACGUUACGAUUGACUAUGGAAGCUAGUGCUGCGUUUAUGUUCGCUGGUCAAAAACAGAUUGAUAUUUAUAUACUUCCACAAAAUGAAAGAAAAGUUGAGUGGAUCUUACGACCACUCGUGGCAGGUUUUGUGCAACUUCCAACGCUAUCUUUAGCAGUUCCUGCUGACGAAGAAUAUAAGUUAAAUAAAGUACGACUGUCGGAAGUAGUGGAGAGGUCGAUACCGAGUCAUGUAUACAUUUUUCCGACAUCACAAAAUUUAGAAGAAUAAAUGAAAUAGAGAAUAUUCCCGAGAAAUACUAGAAAAAGAAACAGAAUUUUGUUCUCUUUUAUCAAAAUGUAUUAUAUUGAACCUGAUAUAUUUUCCACGUAUUCUUAAAUAUAUACCAAUUUCAUAUCUAGGAAUAUGAAUAGUAAUUUUGUUAAAUAUAA